UGGAAAGAAACCCCGUUGUUUUAUUAGCUCAAGUUCUCACGAGUGGUAUUUGGGCAACGUUAAAGACAACGAACAGAAUUCAAGUGCGUAGAGACAUGUUGCUUCGCAUUGGCAAUACACAUAGGCCAACAGAACGGAUUAUGAGAUAAUUCAAUAGCAACAUAUUGAUCAUAUAACAAUCACCACGCUGCUCUGGCGAUGUUUGUUAGCGCUAUAUUUAAUUCAACAGCGCAGCGAUGGGAAAUGCCAAUGAAUAACAUCAUCGUUAACAAAAGCCAUUAGCAGUUAGCUUAGCCUCGCUCUUGCCAAAUGUCAUUGCUAGCAUUAGCUAACAAGCUAGGGUAGGCCCGCCAUUAAGCGAAAGAGAGUCGUUUGGAAUUUUUGCACCUGCAGCGUUACAGUAAUUGUCACCGCACAUUCUUAUUUAAAUUACCGUUAACUAAUUAGUUGGUUAAUAGUUCUUAACAAUGGUCUAGUAAUUAACCGAUGCUUUAUAAUCGCUGAAAGUUUAGAGUAUGGCGGUGAAAGUAUGAUCAGCUGUUUCGACCUCGUCUUUUUUUCUUCAGACAAGAUGGCUUGAGUCGAUUGAUCGUUGAUUGUGGUAACGUAAUAAAAUACAGGGAAUAACGGUUAUCCCAGGUGCUAUUUGGACUCCCAGUUGGCGUUGUCGUGUCGACAUGGCGUUCUUUACCUCUGUACUCGUUUCCAGAAAAGUGAACCGAAAUUAUCGAUAUGAUUGAGAAGGAGGACCCGGUCAUCAGCGAGGAGGAGGCUGCACAGUACGACCGCCAGAUCCGACUGUGGGGGCUGGAUGCUCAGAAGAGGCUGCGAGGGUCCCGUGUGCUCCUGGCUGGUUUAGGUGGUUUGGGGGCUGAAGUGGCCAAGAACUUAAUCUUGGCUGGAGUUAAAGGAAUCACUUUGCUGGAUCAUGACCAGGUGUCAGAGGGGUCAUGUCGAGCUCAGUUCCUGGUUCCAGUGACGGCGCAGGGUCAAAAUCGGGCCCAGGCCUCUCUGGAGCGAGCGCAGAGCCUCAACCCGAUGGUGGAGGUCCAUGCUGACCCUGACAGAGCUGACAACAAACCAGAUGACUUCUUUCUGCAGUUUGAUGCGGUGUGUCUGACAGGCUGCUCCAGAGACCUGAUGGUGCGGGUCGACCAGCUCUGUUCUCAGCGCAACAUCAAGGUCUUCUGUGGUGACGUCUAUGGUUACUAUGGUUACAUGUUCUGCAACCUCGGACAGGAGCACAACUAUGUCGAGGAGAAACCUAAACUAGUGAAACCAACUGGAGAGUCCAACAAUGGUCCGGAGGCGAAGAGAGCCAAGGUGGACCCCAACCAGACCACCAUGGUGAAAAAGACGGCCAGCUUCUGUACUCUGAAGGAGGCUCUGGAGGUUGACUGGACGAGUGAGAAGGCCAGAGCCGGUCUGAAGCGUACACCAGUGGACUACUUUCUGCUUCACGUUCUGUUGAAGUUUCGUACAGACAAGGGCCGUGACCCUGACCCACAGUCCUUUGCGGAUGACAGUCAGCUCCUGAGACAGAUCCGUGAUGAUGUCCUUGAGGCCUUGGGAGUGAGCAGUGACCUCUUGAAUGAUGAUUUCAUCAGCUACUGUUUCUCUGAGAUGUCCCCGGUCUGCGCUGUCGUGGGAGGAGUUCUGGGACAGGAAGUUGUCAAGGCUCUUUCCCAGCGAGAUGCUCCUCACCGGAACUUUUUCUUCUUCGAUGGUCGUAAAGGCAACGGCGUGGUCGACUACUUCGGAUCAAACUAAACCAUCACACCUGUGCACAGGACGGUUUCACACACAAAUCAAGUCCAGCAAACCUCUGUCUUCUUUUCUUACUUUGCUCCCUCAGAUUAUUUAUACCAGCACCUGCUCCACUAGUAAUAAAAGUCAUUUGUUAUUC